UGGUAUUUUGAGUGCGAUCGGAUGCGGAUGACCAACGGUGCGCAUAUAAGUUGGUGGUUACCCGGAAAAAACUUCAUUAGCUGAGCAACAGGCAAAGGUGUAUUUCUGGAGAUUCAACAUGGCAGAGGCUGGAGAAAACCGAGGUGCCCGCCGCACCGCCCGCGAAGUGCAACAAGACUUUGCAGUGUCUCUCGGUUACGCCGAGGAAAUUAUCUGGGAUUUGUUGUCCCAGGAGCAAGCCCACGUGCUGAACCAAAAGCUAAGGGAACUGAUUCGUGAUCCUCCACUACCAACAGCUGAAGAAGUGGCCAACAGGUCUCGGGCUGAAAAUGAGAAGGAGGCAAGAAACCGAACGAAGCUCAUCGCGGAUAAUGAGAAGGCGCGUCAGACCAUUUUCGAUGCUGUUUGGGAGCAGCGUAAAUACACCAACCGUCAAUCGCUAACUGCCCUCAUCUACGUAAUGGUGGUGACCGACCAAAUGGACGUUAAUCGCGCCGAGGACUCCAGGACUUUCAGCUGCCAUCCAGUUUUCCGGGCCCGUCGAUGCAUUACUGGGAACAGCGGUCGCAGCAGCGACAGCUCCGAUUGCUGCAAUUUGUUCAUAGACGAGACGGGUCGCGUCUACCAGAACUGGGAGCAGUAUGUGGCCACCAACGAGCUGCCCGAGGGAGUGAUGGUGGCCCCGGAGAAGGGUGUCUACCGCCUGGGCAACAAUGGUGUCCGUCUGGACAAGUACGUAACGCCGGCGGGCAGCCCCAACACAAAGGUGCUGGGCUACUUGGACACGGGAUCAGCAAUCGGAGGUUUCGCUGCCGCUUGCGUGCCCAUAGCCGCGCUUCUGACGCUGCCCGUAUCCGGUCCGGUGAUGGCUGUAGCCGGAGUCGUGGGUUUGGCCAGUGCAGGAUACGCGACAGCCCGCUCCGGCGCCAAGUUGGUGGAUCGCAGCCAGCACGAGCAGUCGAUCAAUGUCACGAACCGCGAGGCACGCGGUCAUUGGUUGGGCGUGGCUGCGGGCACUGUGGGAUUGGGAGCGGCUGGAGCCACCACAGCCUUGACUGCGGCCACCAAUGCCGGACGGGAAGUGGGAGCGAUCACUCAGUUGACUGUGAAUGGCAUGAACAUCUCGUCCAUCGUGGUUUCGGGCACUGGAGUGGCCAACGGUGUGCUGGAUUUAAUAUUGAAAGUCCAGGAUGGUGACGACAUUACUGGCAUGGAUGUGCUGCAGCUGUCCGCUUCGCUGGUGCUGCUCACACAUAGCGUCUACAACUUCAAACUGGCUUCAACCAUCAUCACUGACACGGCCAACAAAAAUAUAGCCGGCUAUCGCGAUACUCUUAGCAAUCGACAGAGACGCUCCUUCGACAAGAUGUCCAAGGAGACCGUUCGACUGCGGGGCACCACUCGCGGCAAGCUGGAUAUUAUUCGAAACGUGAACGAGAUGCCAUCGCGUCAGCAGUUCAACGAUCUUUACAAAAUCAAUCAGAACUUAAACCAAGAGGGCGCGCGAUACUCUUUUGCGCCCGAUGGACAAGGAAUCCUGCUGAAUGGCGAGGUGCAGACGACAGCGGCUGACUUGCGGGCCAGUGUGCAGCAUAAUCAGGGAGCGAACGUCCUGGGACAAGUUACUCAGCAGAUUCCUGCUAGCCAUGCGGAAUCUGGACGGCUGCAACUGGGCGGCCCAAAUCAGGCUUCCCGACUAAUUGGACCGCUGCCCACGUCAAAGCCACGUCAUGAACCCAGUACUUAUGCUGCCGGUGUGUUCACCUUGCAGCUGAGCUCCGUGGUUGUUGGUGGCGUUACUUUUGCGCUGGAGAAGUACGGCCAAAUCAUCUUUGAUCACGUAAUCAAUGCCGAGAGUUUUGAGAACCUUAUCAACGGCAUGGCCGAUAAUCUAGAACCGGCUGUCUUUGAUUUUGUCAUGAAGCUGACACGGACCUUCAUGGACACCAUGCUAGAGGAUCUAAACGUGGUGCUGAAGUUCUUCAUAUCGACGGAGUCUGUGCUCUUCCGCAUCCUGCAGCAGGUGAUGAUACACUACCGGAACAUGCCUUGCAGAGUGGUGGAGGAACACACUGGAGAUAUCAUUCGAGCGGUCAAGCUGUACUUCCUGUCCCUCAACCCUAACUCGUACACCGGACUCCUCAAAAAGUGCCCCACUUGUGUUGGCUACUUCAGCAUUUGUCCCUUGUAAACGUACAAGUACAUAUGCACAUUAUGUACAAAAAUCCCUCAUUUAAAAUUGGGAUUUAAAAGCCAUUAAAAUGUGAUGAUCGGUGCCUUGUUGAAACACAAAAGAAAUGCACAAGCCUUUUGUUGCUGUGGAUAUGUUACAUAUAUGUAAUAAACAUAAUUUUUAUAA